GUGAAACUGCUAGGCCAUGGGGUGACUUGGGGCCCCCUUCCCUCCCUUCCCUUCCCUUCCCUCUUUAACCCCGCCUGGUGUGAAGUUCUCCGUUGCCACGGAGGGCGCGGGAAUGACCCCGCCAAACGCCGAAGGAAGCCUAUAGAUGGGAAGUCUGGAUGCAGGCGCAAAUAGGUCAGAGAGGCAGGGAAAGAACCAAGGCCUUACCGGAUGGCGUGGUUGUGCCCGAGGAAUGUGUGCAGGUUGGGGAAGAUGCGUGUCUGUGUCUUAGGAGCCCCCCUGGGGUUCAGAAUGGCCUUUUCGAAAGGAAUAUUGACAGUGGACCAUGAUCGUUGUGCGCCAUGACAAAUACACAGGUACUACAAGGAAAGAGCAAAGACUUCUACAGCUAUGUAGAGGAGAUGUCUAUUCGUGCAUCUGCCAAAAAUAAAGACUGAUAGGCACGUUUGUGUCAAGAUUAAUCGAUUCAUCCAUCCCUUAAUCUAAAGGGAAUCAAAUACACAUGCAUGGAUAUCUGAUGUUGUAAUUGUAUUUUUGUAAAUGAAUAUGUGCAUAUGCGCAUUUUCUGUGCGUAACCUGUAUAUUCUCAUAUACUUGAUGGUGCGUUUGUGGGUAUAAUAUAGUAAUGUACACAUCGGAUGAGCGCGUGUGUAUGAAUUCUUAGACAAAUGCCAGUCAAAAGCUUCCAAUGGAAGGAUAGGAACAUAGGAAACUGCCAUAUACUGAGUCAGACCAUUGGUCUAUCUAGCUCAGUAUUGUCUUCACAGACUGGCAGCAGCUUCUCCAAGGUUGCAGGCAGGAAUAUCUCUCAGCCCUAUCUUGGAGAAACCAGGGAGGAAAACUUGAAACCUUCUGCUCUUCCCAGAGCGGCUUCAUCCGCUGAGGGGAAUAUCUUGCAGUGCUCACACAUCAAGUCUCCCAUUCAGAUGCAACCAGGGCAGACUCUGCUUAGCUAUGGGGACAAGUCAUGCUUGCUACCACAAGACCAGCUCUCCUCUCCGGUCUUCACUAUCUCCCAAUGGAGAUUUAAAAGUACUUAAAUAUGGUCGGAUCGUACCUUCAAAGGUCUUCCUUUGGGGCAUCUAUGACUUUUUGUAUAAAGAGAAAAAUGUGUACUUGCUUAUAUAGUUAAAAUCUAUGUUAUUUUACCGUAACGUUGUUUCAUGUCAUUUAUAUCUACAUCUGUAGACAAUAAAUAAAAUAAAAAAUAAAAAAUGCAGGCAGCUCUUUUGGGGAAAAGUCUAAAGAAGAAGAAAACACCUUAUUAGAGCAAGUUAACAUCACAAAGUAGUAGGCUACCUUAGGCGUUUCACAGAACCCUCCAUAAGUGCGUCAAGGAAGAAAGAAAGAAAGAAAGAAAGAAAGAAAGAAAGAAAGAAAGAAAGAAAGAAAGAAAGAAAGAAAGAAAACACAAUGCAGCCACAUUGUUUUCGAGUGUCACAGAACAAAAAGGAAAGUGGGGAUAUAAACAUAUGUUGCUAUUAGCAGAGUUUUCUUUUCCCCCUCUUGGAACCAUAUCAUCUAACUAGAAACAUUUUUCUUCUACGGACAUUUCACCUUAGAAUCUGAAGGAGAAUUCUGUGAAUCUCUUAAACUAGCUCACUCCUUUGUGAUUGUUGGGUGGUCCUAAUAAAGGUGUUAACUAUUAUCUGGAUUCUAGUUGUAGAAAUAUAGGCGUAGGAAUGUGUGUGCGUGCAUACUUAUUUGGAACUCACCAUAAGUGUGAAACAAACAACGUGUGUCAAUGGAUGAGUGAAGAGGAUUGGUGGAGGAGGGGCUUCAGUCUGCAGCGAAUAGAUGGUAAUUUGAUCCAUAUACUCCUGUGCGAGGGAAGAUUGAAUGCGGGCCAUGUGCAGAAGCUAUAUAUACGUGCCGGAGAGCGGGGAGCACAGGGGGAGGCGAUGUGCGUGUGUGUGGCCGGUCCUAGAACUAUAAUUCUUGGAGCUGCCGCUGCAGCAGCUUCUGCUAAGAGUGUCUUCCCACCCUCGCAUACAGAGGUCGACUCUGAUCUCUUAUUGGCUACAGAUCGGGGCGGGGCCUCACAGCCUGGUAAGGAGGAGAAAGGGGAAAAAAGAUUCUAGGGAGUGCGUAAAAAAGUCCUCUCCUUGGCGACUGAUGCUCAAAAGUUCAGAAGUUUUUCCAAAUGCCUCCCCGAGCAGCUCGCAGCUGAAAAAGAGAGACUGAAAAGAAAGAAAGAUCGAGGCAGCACUUGCAAUCGGACACCGCUCGGAGAAGGUGGAUGUGUUUUUUCUCUCUUCCUUCUUUCGACCAGGCGUUUUUCCUUCUUUUUCUUUUUUCUGUCUUGCUGUUUACUUCGCCCGGCUCGGUCGUUUUGCACCCAACCUGUUGCUGCUCUCCUGUUGCAGAGAAAGAAGAAAGAAAGCGCUUGCGAAAAGGGAUUGUCCUUGCGAAUGCGCGCGUGUUUCCAUUUUUAACCUCUAUGGAAGUACUUUACUUUCCCCCUCGGCUGCGAUCGCUUCCGUGGAGUGUUAGUGCCUUGUUUUGAGGAGGAGGUGGAGGAGGAGGAGGCGACGAAGAAGGAGAAGGAGACUUAUUUCCCCACCAUCAACCGCCCUCCCCUUCCCACCGGGCUGUUUUCUAUUUAUUUAUUUUAUUUUUCGCACACUUGAGUGGGGGAGGGGAAGGAAGCAAACUUUCGAGAACCCGAAGCGGGUCUCUCCCCCCCCCCGCCCCCACUUUUUUGGAAAGAAGGAAGAUCCUGGUCGCUUCUUCUGGUUUAUAUUUUUUUGGCUCUGGAGCUGCGGAGGGGUGGAGGGGGGAAAGCAGAGGAGGAGGAGGCGGAGGAGGAGGAAGAGGAGGAGGCGGCGGCCAGUCUGUUGCUGCUGCUGCUUCUGCUGCUUGGUCCGGCUGGGCAGCUGGAGGGGAGGCCAUGCAGGCUCGCUACUCGGUGUCCAGCCCCAACUCGCUGGGAGUGGUGCCUUACCUCGGCGGCGAGCAGAGCUACUACCGGGCGGCGGCCGGCGGGGGCUACGCGGCCAUGCCGGCCCCGAUGAGCAUGUACUCGCCUCACCCGGCAGCCCAUGAGCAGUACCCGGUGGGCGGCAGCGGCGGAGGCGGCGGCGGCGGCAUGGGCAGGCCGUACGGCCCUUACCCGCCGCAGCCCAAGGACCUGGUGAAGCCGCCCUACAGCUACAUCGCCCUCAUCACCAUGGCCAUCCAGAACGCGCCCGACAAGAAGAUCACGCUGAACGGCAUCUACCAGUUCAUCAUGGAGCGCUUCCCCUUCUACCGCGACAACAAGCAGGGCUGGCAGAACUCCAUCCGGCACAACCUCUCGCUCAACGAGUGCUUCGUCAAGGUGCCCCGCGACGACAAGAAGCCCGGCAAGGGCAGCUACUGGACCCUCGACCCAGACUCCUACAACAUGUUCGAGAACGGCUCCUUCCUGCGCCGCCGGAGGCGCUUCAAGAAGAAAGACGCCGUCAAGGACAAGGAGGAGAAAGAGCGCCUCCACCUCAAGGAGCAGCCGCCCCAGCAGCAGCAGCCGCCGCCUCGGCACCAGCAGCAGCAGCAGCAAGAGGGAGGCCAGCCUCAGCAGCCUCCCCCUCCGCCGCCGCCGGUCAGGCUCCAGGACAUCAAGACGGAAAACGGCUCGGCGUCGCCCCCGCAAGCCGUGUCCCCGCUGGGCGGAGCGCCCGUGCCCAAGAUCGAGAGCCCCGAGAGCUCCAGCACCAGCAGCCUCUCCAGCGGCGGAGGCAGCCCCCACGGCGGAGGCAGCAGCAGGGGGGCGCUCGGCUUGGACCCUCCCGCGGCGGCGGCAGCAGCAGCAGAAGGCCAGCAGCCUCCGCACCAUCCCCACCACCCGCACCACCCGCAUCACCCCCCUCACCACCACCCGCACCACCACCCGCACCUCCAUCACCCCCCUCCUCACCACCACCCCGCAGGACCUUCAGGCGGCGGCGGCGGGGGCGGCUUCAGCGUGGACAACAUCAUCAUGACCACCUUGCGCGCUUCGCCGCAGGGCUCCGGGGAACUCUUGGCUUUGCCGCCCCCGCCGCCCGCCGUCUCUUCCGCCGCCUCCUCGCCGUCUACCGCCUCCACGUCUAGGACAGCUCCGUUGCCGCCCCCGCCGCCUUCCCUGGCCUUGAGCAGCUGCUAUUCGGCGGCGGCGGCUCAGAGCUCGCUCUACAGCGCCCCCUGCAGUCAGGGCGUCAACACGACGGGCAGCAACAGCAUCGCGGGAAGCGCUGCCACUCAAGCCAGCGUCGGCGGCGGCAGCAACUACCACUGCAACUUGCAAGCCAUGAGCCUCUACGCGGCUGCGGCCGCCGCAGCUGCCGCAGCAGCCGGAGGGGGAGGCGGCGGGGGCGAUAGAGGCGGCGGGGGCCACCUGGGCGGCAGCCCCGUGGAGCAGGACCCGCUGCCCGAGUACAGCCUGGCGGCCAGCAGUAGCAGUAGCGCGUCUUCCCUCAGCCUCAGCCCGCAGGAGGGGCACCCGCAAGGUGGCGGAGGCGGCCGUUUGGCCUCUUGGUACCUCAACCAAGCCACGGCGGUGGGAGAGCUCGCCCAUUUGGCGCCCGCCUCAGCAGCUGCUGCAGCGGCAGCCGCCGCCGCUGCCGCCGCCGCCGCCGCUUCUUCCCCGUCGCCAGGCGGCUACCCGGGUCAGCAGCAGAACUUCCACGCGGUGAGGGAAAUGUUCGAGUCCUCUCAGCGGCUGGGCUUGAGCAACUCGCCGGUGAACGGCAACGGCCCGGCCAGCAGCUGCCAAAUGGCUUUCCCCGGCAGCCAGCCCCUGUACCGCCCCUCGGGCGCCUUCGUCUACGACUGCAGCAAGUUCUGACCCGCCGAGGGGAAGGGGGAGCGACCCCCGAGCAGCCACCCCGCCGCUGCUGCCAGGCUCUGAGGGGACGCCCAAGAAGCGAGGUGGCCACUGGUCCGAGCAACCGCCCUCGGCCCUCUCGAACCUCUUCCCCACACCACACCUGCUCACCCAAACAAACAGACUGUUUUAUGUACAAAGACAGUCUUGCUUGCUUGCUUGCUUUUAAUUAAGUCAUGGUCUGUUAAAGGACAGUGUUACUCCAAAUAACACGUAAGUUUGUGUUUUUGUUUCUCCCUCCUCCGCCUUGCUUUUGGGGGGGGAAAAUAUAUUUUCCCCUUCCCUCUCUUCUGCUUCAGUCCACUCAGAGGUGCGUGACUGCCACCACCACCACCCCCGGCGCCCUUUUGCGCAAGUCUCCUUGGCUGCUAGCUCUUGCGCUGGGGCACACUGGCACAACUGAGCGCGCCGGUAAUGUCAGCCAACCAAUAGGUGAGUCUUCUGGUGACCCUUUUCCAGGGGUCUAAAGUGCAGCCCAGCUCCGUUCAGAUCCGGGAGUGUUUUCCUAUUGACUGCGAUGGGAUCUGGAUUUUGCGACCCUAAUUAAAGUGCAAUCCAGGUUCAUUCAAAUCAAUGCGAGAUUUUCCAUUGAUUUUGAUGUGGUGUGGAUUGCGGGGUGUUUGUUUUGUUUUUAAAGGACAAGACCCUAUUGAAAAGCUUUCCUUUCUCUCACACUGUAAGGGCUCAUUUAUAUGCAAGGUCUUGUUUUAAAGUGUAAAUUGAUAUAGUAAUUUAUUUUUAAAUCUGUAGUUGGAUCUUUUGGACCAAACACCAGAAAGUGUUCCUUCCCCGCCCCCCUCCAAAAAGCUGACUUUAAAAUUACCUGAAACAUUUUCUCUCUCGUUACAUAUGAAAAAGGGAAACUGUAUUAAUCUUAUUUUAUCGCUUAUAGUUUUUCCUUUUUUGUUGAAGAUAUCCUGAAGUUAUUGACUCGUUUGUUUAUUAAUAAAUUACCAUUCAGUUGGACUGA